CUUUGACAGCUCGUACAUGGCGUAGCAUACAUUUCCGGUCUUUCUUUCCCUUUCUUUUACCAGCGUGUGUAGUGACCAGUAAAAGAUGCCUGCUCCGGUCGCCAAGAAACCAGCAGCGAAAAAGCUGCCCGCCGUGCCGGAAUCGAAGCUGAAAUUCGGCAAGAAACAAAUCGCUAAGCGGGUUGCCGAUUCGAAACGUCGCCUGAAGAAGGCCGCCGUGAUUGUCCUGCGCAAGAAGGAGAACCUGAUCCGCGCCGAGAAGUACCAGAAUGAGUACAUCAAGGCUGAUCAGCGUGAGAUCAAGCUGCGUCGCUUGGCCAAGAAGCGCAAUCAGUUCUACGUGCCCGCCGAGGCCAAGUUGGCCUUUGUGGUCCGUAUUCGCGGUAUCAACAAGGUAGCCCCCAAGGUCCGUAAGGUUCUGCAGCUGUUCCGCCUGAGGCAAAUCAACAACGGUGUGUUCAUCAAGCUGAACAAGGCUACCAUCAACAUGCUCCGCAUCGCCGAGCCCUACAUCACCUGGGGCUACCCCAACCUGAAGUCCGUGCGGGAGUUGAUCUACAAGCGUGGAUUUGUUAAGCACAGCCGCCAGCGUGUGCCCAUCACCGACAACUUCGUGAUCGAGAGGAAGCUGCGUCAGGCGCACAACAUUCAGUGCGUCGAGGAUCUUGUCCACGAGAUCUUCACCGUGGGGCCCAACUUCAAGUACGCCUCCAACUUCCUGUGGCCCUUCAAGCUCAACACGCCCACCGGCGGCUGGCGCAAGAAGGCUAACCAUUAUGUCAACGGCGGAGAUUUCGGUAACCGCGAGGACCAGAUCAACCGUCUGCUGCGCAAGAUGGUCUAAGGGAUCGACAUGCGAUCCAUGUGCUGAAACGACAACUGCAGCGGUUCUUCGAUGUAAACAGUGAGAGAAAAUAAAAGUUACUUUUAUAAACCCA